AUGAAGAGCGCCAGCACAACCGAGAAGGAAGACGUGCCGUUUUGCUGGCUGCGUGGAGAAGGAUCCAUCACCCAAUUUCUUAGCUGGCGCGGUGGAGGUUUGGAAAAACCUUGGAGUCUGCCAUCGUCGAGGGGCGAGGGGGUUGAGCCUGUUGUCGACAGAGCCUCGAACCCGCCCGGAUCGCGGCCUGCCGAGAGGCUUGCGCUUGCGGAUAGCCCGAUACACAGUACGCAGUACGCCAGCAGUACAGCCAGCCAUUCGUACAGCACAGACUCCACCUUCUUUUGUUCGCCCGUUUGUGGUCAGACCUUCUCACCUCGUAAAUUAUUCUGCCUGCUAGUUCAUGACCUGGGGCGAGCCGGCGUGCGUCAGAAACGAAUGAGCAGUCAGAAAUGGAACGUUGUGUCGAAAAGCUUGCCCGUGGAACUGUUUCGGCUCCAGCUGCAAGGGCGUUGCUUCCGCGAUUUGUUCCUGGAAACAGCCCCUGAAACAAGCUAA